AUGGGAAUUCCUAUAUGCUUCCCUCACGUCGUACAGAGCAUCAUAAGUGAGCUUGAAUCAGAAGGGGCGCUUCCAGGACAUUUUCAAAAGUAUUAUGAUGCAGUUAUGCCAUACUUGAAAGCUAUACUCAUGAAUGCAACUGAUAAAGCUAAUUGUAUGCUUCGUGCCAAAUCCAUGGAGUGUAUUAGUUUAGUUGGAAUGGCUGUUGGAAAAGAUAAGUUCAAAGAUGAUGUUAAACACGCAUGGGCAAGACUCUACAAGUGCCUAGGGCAAGAUUUUCUCCCUUACAUGAAUGUUGUGAUGCCACCAUUGCUUCAUUUCAUUCAACUUAAACCAGAUGUUACAAUUACUUCUGCUGAUGAUUCAGAUGAUGACAUUGACGACAUUGAGACUAUUACACUUGGAGAUAAGAUAAUAGGGAUCAAAACUAGUGUCCUUCACGAGAAAGCUACAACAUGCAACAUGCUAUGUUGCUAUGCUGAUGAAUUAAAAGAAGUGUUUUCCUAUGGAUUGAUCAGAGGAAGCAAUGUGAAAGCUGAUGAUCAAUCUCAGAAAUCACCAGAAGGGGCAUGGAGGGUACCUAAAGUCUUGCGUCCUUUAUAUGAAUCUCCAACUAUUCUUGCUCAAAAAACAAUGAUGAUUUCAAAGUUACCAGAUAACAACAAAGCAUUAGAUGGAUUGACAAAGUCAAAGGAAGCUGCUUUACUUGACGCUGAAAGGACCGUUUACGUUGCAUUAGUAAAAGCUUCAAUGGUGGAUAAUGUUCAAAACAAGAAUCAGGAGUUGAUGAAACUGAUAUAA